AUGUCUUCUUUAGGGUCGGGUCCCCAGCAGGAUUUAUCUCUGCGUCAAGGAAGAUUACAGCUAAUAAUAGGAUUUGCUUCCUGGAGGCUGUUGGCAUGUUUGGUGCAAACCCUGCACAGUGCUUUCUUAAAGGAGAAUAUGGACCCUAUUUGUCAUAUUUUUCUUCUUCUUCUGGCCUUCCACAAGAUAAACCCAUCUGUUUUGUCUUGUGUCACAGGAUGCUCUUGUUCUCAAGACAGCUUUGGAAGGAGUUUGCUCUGCAUGUCUGCACUGCUGAGGCAGAUUCCUGCAAACAUCCCGCAGGACAUCCGGAAAAUUAGAAUAGAAAAUUCUCACCUAACAGAAUUGCCUCGUGGGUCUUUUGAGAAUGUUAGUGCCUUGGAGUAUCUCUGGCUCAAUUUUAACAACAUCACAGUGAUGCACAUCAAGAGCCUGGAAUACCUGCCGGCUCUGAAGGAACUGCGCUUGCAAGGAAACAAAUUAAGUUCGGUGCCAUGGACAGCAUUUCAAGACACCCCAGCUCUGAAAAUCCUGGACCUGAAGCACAACCGGCUGGAUGUCCUUCCAGAACACGCGCUCCGCUAUCUGCCCAACCUGACCUAUUUAGAUCUAUCCUCAAAUCAGCUUACUGUCAUAUCCAGGGAUGUCUUCUACAGCUGGCCUGUCUACCAGAGAAGCCAGAGGGCGGAGGGGCAGAUAGAAGCUAUUGCCAACGCUGUCCUGGCCCUUCAUGACAAUCCCUGGAUUUGCGACUGUCGCCUGCGGGGAUUUGUCCAGUUUAUCAAGUCAGUCGGCCCACCUAUUAUUCUGAUGAAUUCCUAUUUAACUUGCUCAAGCCCGAAAUUCAGGGCAGGGAAGUUUUUUCAUGAAGUGGAGCUCAACAGCUGCAUGAAGCCCCUGACCUCAGCCCUUGACACGAACCUGACGGUCCCAGUGGGGCUGAACGUCACCCUGACCUGCUUUGUGCAAGCCAGCCCUUCCCCAGCUGUCUGGUGGACCUAUUCACUCAAGCUUUUAAGGGCAUUUAAUG